GCCGAACUUUUGGAAGUUAAUAUAUACCAUAACUAUGUAUAUACAUACCUUGGUUGUUGUCGAACAGGAGUUAUUUUCUAAUCUUCAGAUACAGUAAAAGAUGGCUAAUCGAACAUCAACUAAGUCAAAAGCAGGAUUUCGCACUUUUAAACCAACACCAACAUUCCAGAAGAAAGAAGAGAAAGUGCGACAGUCGAUACUAUUGGAAACAAAAGAGAAACUGCGAAAUGAUAUAAAGAAGAUUUUCAAAGAUCCUCAAUACAGCGAUGUAGUACUGGUAUCUCAUUCCAACGAGUUUCCUGUUCAUUCCUUUAUUUUGGAAGCCAGAUUUCCUGAAUUUUUCAAUCUCAUUCAAAGCCAGCCGCCUAAAUCACGCAAGGUUACCAUCACAGAGAAGGUGACAUAUGCUGAUUUAGAACAAUGGGUUGAGACACUAUAUUCUGAAGAUAACAUAGAUCGUACAUCAAUUGAAGAAGCAUUGACCUUGAACAAGGGAAAGAGUGGGAUAUAUCCAACUGACAAGGACGUUUCAUUGUCCACUGAUUUGCUAUCACUCUUAAAUGAAACAUGUACAGGAGAUGUCGAGUUUUCUGUACAGGGAAAGUGUAUUAUGGCCCACAAAGCAAUUUUGGCUGCUCGUUGUGACUAUUUUUCCGCGAUGUUUUCAUCAUCAUGGAGAGAAGAGUCCUCAUCAAGCAUUACAAUACCUGAUGUUAGCUCCGACGUAUUUCUUGCCACUCUGAAAUUCAUCUACGGCGCGAGUCAAGAUAUUCUAAGUUUUCCCGUUUCAAAAGUACUCCCGGUUGCCGAUAUGUAUGGUUUGCAAGAUUUGGUGGAUUUAAUUGUGGUUGACCUGAAGGUUACCAAGUGCCAUUUAUUUCACAAGCCCUGCACGUACUGUAUACCUCAAGUGUACGAUUGUUUGAAAUUGUGUGAACCUUUCUACCACACACACAAUUUCCAAAUACAAUGCAUUCAGUGGAUAUGUAAAAAUUUUCAGAAGACGCUAGAGUGCAAACAUUUUCCUCAAUUAUCUGGGAAAUUCCAAAGUGACGUGCAACAGGGAAUACUCAAACAGUUGUCGUCUUCAACAGUCGCGGUGACAUGGCUGAAGUGCAAUACUUUGCUCGCUUCACUAAAUAACCUCAACACAAGCUGGACUCAACCAGUUGUAACUUUUUGUGGAGGAGAUACACGACGCUUGUCUGAAAGAAGCUAUAGAAAACUUUCAAUAUGUGUGCGAGUUGCCAACCAUUUCGGCUUUUUUUAUAGGAGCCAACAAUUCAAGUCCUCUCCUAGAGCAGUUUCUGAAUGA